CUCCACAGCACAGAGAUCCAGGCAUGGCACCUAAAAUCCCUGCAGCAAUUAACAGUUCUGAGGAGCAUCUGACUCUGACUCACAAGCUCAGAAAGCCUCUGGUGGAGAAGUUACGCAGAGAGCGAAUCAACACCUGCAUUGAGCAGCUCAAGUCUCUCCUGGGUCCAGAGUUCCUCAAACAGCAGCCAGACUCCAAACUGGAGAAAGCAGACAUCCUGGAGAUGACCGUUUGCUUCCUGACACAGCUACAGCAGCAGAGAAACCUGCUGACGCACUGCAACAAGCUGCAGACUGCCUCUGAUAAGAAGCUGAAAGAGGCUGACUUCUCUCCUCUGAGCUCCACAGUCCAGAACAUGAUCACCAAAAAUAAAUGUCCGAUCAACAGCGCUCUCUGGAGGCCAUGGUAGACACAACAAACUGGAGUUAAUACCAAGAAAAAAAGAGACCAUAUUGGUCAAACGUGACAGGACUGAAUUAUUUGAACUUUCUGUGUUCUUCUGUGUGUGCAAGACGACAUUUCCUGAGGAAAUGACAGCAAUAGAGCCUUUCGUGUUAAGGAAGAAAAUAUCUUGUCAUGCAUGUAGCAUGAAUGAAAUCUGAUUGCAUCAGCGAUUAUUAUCAAUGCCUAAUGUACGUGUUAUGGUAACAUAGUUGUAUAUAUAGUACUAUAGUUUUUGUCUGUUUUUUUUCUGUGCAGGAUGACAUUUCCUGAGGAAAUGUCAUCUUGCACAUUAAGAAAGAAAACCUCAUGUCAUGCAUGUUGCAUGAACCAAAUGUAGUAUUUUGUUUGUUGGUUUUUGACCCUUGUGAUCUAAGAUUGAAAUGUCCUUUUUCUGGACUGAUUGUAAAAUUAAACUUGACCCCCAUUUAAUAUCAAAACAGAUCUGUUCUAAGAUCCAGUUGUUUAUCCUUUUAAUUAUAAAAGGCUUGAUAUGACCAUUUUAACCCCUACUUCACUGAGGAUUAAACAGUAUAUUAUUUGUACCUUUUGACAAACACUGAUCACUUUGUGAUUACU